AAAUGUACGCUAAAAACGGAAGUGAAAAGACCUCAAAACGGAAGGAACAAAUAAUUUGAACUGAAAUUUGUUUUAUUUUAAAAGUGAUUAACGGGUCAAUUAACAAGUGUAACGCACACAUACACACGUGCUUCUUCUCGCCAAAAGAACAACAAAAACAAAUAGAGAUAAAUAACGGACAUGUGUCAAUUAAUUGGAGGCACGUUUAAGGAAUUAAGUGAAAAAUUUUAAAAGAAAUAGUGAUUUACAAUAAAAUAAAGAAAAAAGAAAAGUUGUAUAUUACAAUAUCUUAUCAGUUUACAAUAUAAAAGUGUUUAACAUAUUUACAAUACAAUGGUAAAGUGAUUAUAACAAAGAUAACAAAACCAUAUAGAAAAAGUCAAGUAAAACAAACCCCGAUUUUUGGUGAAUAAAAGAACCCCUUGUGUUUUGUAAUACUAGACCCAAUACCAAGUGGCCACACGUGGCUUACAACUAGCUGCACGCGUUAACACCUGAUAAUUGAAAAGCGUCCAUUUAGGACCCCUUUAGAACACUAUGUUUUCCAUGGAUAACUUUGAUUUGGAAUCGACAAUGGCUCGUCACUUCUUCGAGGGUUCUCAUGCCACCAAUGGCUCUUCUUCCUCUAGUUCAGAGUUUUUCUUUGGCGAUGACAAUAGCACCGAUACGGAUGAUGAUGACGCCUAUAGCAGUGGCUUUAAUAGUGAUCAAGAGAACAACGAAAAGACACGUUCUUCGCAUAAACGUCGCCUUAAAUGUGCCUCUCAAGUGGCACAACAACGUCAGGCGGCCAAUUUACGAGAACGACGACGUAUGCAAAGCAUUAAUGAGGCCUUUGAGGGUUUACGUUCGCAUAUACCGACGCUACCGUAUGAGAAACGUUUAAGUAAAGUGGAUACCUUGAAGUUGGCCAUUAGUUAUAUAACAUUUUUGAGUGAAAUGGUGAAAAAAGAUAAGAACGGCAAUGAACCGGGUUUAAGUCUGAAGCGCAAUUAUCAGAAGGAACCGCCGAAAAAGAUUAUACUGAAGGAUAGAACUGGCGGUAUAUCACAUUCUUUAUCAUGGUAUCGUCGUGGCGAUCGUUAUCCGGGUAGUAAAUUAUAUGCACGUACCUGGACUCCUGAAGAUCCUAGAUCUCAUUUGAAUACCAACCACAAUCAUCAUAGUCAUCAUCAUCAUCAACAGCAUCAAGCUCAACAGAAUCAAAACGCACAAUUACCACUUAAUCGUUGUUACAAUUCUAAUAAUUCCAAUCAUUCCUCCGAUUCCGCCAUCGAUAAUUCGACAUUAAACGAUUCGGUUGCCUCCUCUACAGCGGCAUCAGUGGCUACGGCCGCUUCUACUACGCAAACAUGUCAUGAUCUCUUCAAUGAAAUGCAUCAACAAAAUGCUUUAUAAAUUAAGCAAAAAAAGCAAACAUCCAGGAUGUUUAAUUUAAAUUUUUUGUGCAAUUAUUGGAAAGAGUUUAACGGGAAAACUUAAAAAAAUAUAAAGAUUUUUCCCAACUCUAGUCAUUGAAAUAUUUGAAAAUUUUCUAGUCUACUUACAAUUUUUAGUCUUUAAAAAAAUUAUUAGACACGAUUUCGUUAGAACGACAAAAAAAAAAAACGAAAACUUAAACAAACAAUGAAAUUCAAAAUUAUACGAAAACUAUUCUGUGGUAUAUUUUAAGUUAAGUUUUAUAAUUUAUAUUUACAAUAAGCUAAAACUAUUUAUUUUAAAUUCUUUUAGUAUUAAGUUAAAAAAGAUUUAUUUAAUAAAACUAAUU